ACGCGCGCGCGCACACACACACACACACACACACACACGCACACACACACAGCUGACUUGGCAGCUGUGAGGAUGGGGGUGGGGGGACUCAUUGCUUGUUAAGCCAAAUCAAGUGCCUGCAUGUCUCAGGCUGGAUUGAAGCCUCCAGCGUGUUUGGAGUUAAUUCCCAUUAGGUUGGACUCCGCCCCUCUCUCCCAAAGGUAAAGCAGGGUUUUCAGGCAACCCUGCAAAGAGCAGCUGGGAUUCCCAUCCCCUUCUGACAAGCUGUAAGGAGAAGUUGUUUCUCAGAUCUGAGUUUGAAGAGAGGAAACAAGUCAAUCAGCCUUCGUGGCCAGAAGAGAAACCUGGGACCAUGAGGAGCAGCCUGACACUGGUGGGGACCCUCUGGGCCUUCCUGUCCCUUGUUACCGCUAUGGCCAGUUCUACCAGUUACUUCCUGCCAUACUGGCUCUUUGGAUCCCAGCUGGGGAAGCCAGUGUCAUUCAGCACAUUCCGGAGGUGCAACUACCCGGUGCGGGGAGAGGGGCACAGUCUGAUCAUGGUGGAAGAAUGUGGGCGCUAUGCCAGCUUCAGUGCCAUCCCAAGCCUUGCCUGGCAAAUGUGCACAGUGGUGACAGGUGUUGGCUGUGCUCUCCUGCUCCUGGUGGCCAUGACUGCAGUCCUGGGCUGCUGCAUGGAGGAGCUUAUCUCCAGAAUGAUGGGACGUUGCAUGGGAGCAGCACAGUUCGUGGGAGGGCUGCUGAUAAGCUCAGGCUGUGCAUUAUACCCCUUAGGAUGGAAUAGCCCGGAAGUAAUGCAAACAUGUGGGAAUAUCUCCAAUCAAUUUCAGUUAGGUACCUGUAGGCUUGGUUGGGCCUAUUACUGUGCUGGAGGUGGAGCAGCUGCAGCCAUGUUGAUCUGUACCUGGCUCUCUUGCUUUGCUGGAAGAAACCCCAAACCUGUAAUGUUGGUGGAGAGCAUCAUGAGGAACACCAAUUCUUAUGCCAUGGAGCUUGACUACUGCCUCAAGCCUUGAGCUUUGGUGGAAGAUUGGAAAGGGUGGGAAAGAGGAAGGAAGGGAGCCUUGAAAAGAGGUACUAAGACUAGACCAGUUGCCACCCACCUGUCAGCAGUGUAGCCUAGAGUUGCAUGCUUUUUAACUCACCAGUCAUUCAUUUUCACUUUCCCUUAAGCCAGUGGGUCAGUGACUACUUACAAAAUUCAUCAAGAUAUAUGAUUUUCUCCAAUGUUUACCUAGCUGGUGAGUACCCACUAGCCCCCAAGUCCCAAAGUACUCCUUUAUGAAAAAUAAGGAGAAGAUCCUCACUUGAAAUGUAACUGCACAAAGCUAGGUAAGAACACUCGAGCAGGGAGGGACAAGGAGAUGAACAGGGCUGGUUCCUGCCAUUCCAUUCUUAUGGCCCUCCCCCUAGUAUUGAUUACUAUCUAUAACAUGCCACUGAUCAAAUACUUGAGACUUUCUCAGGACUAUACCUUGACUCUUCCUCUUUUAUCUGGCCUCUUUUCCUUUUCUUUUGUGAGAAAGCUUGUGGUGAGGGUAAUUAUCAAUAAGGAAAAUAUUAACCAAGGAUACUUAUUUAGUCUAAGACCCCUUCCUCAUUAUGCUUUAGAAUAUUCAUAAGAGUUCAUUUUGUGUUUUGGCUUGGUGACUGGCAUUAAAAUAU